GUUACGAACUCGUUGACCGACGACAUGUUAACAGCUGUCAAAUAGUACGAUAAUGGGACAGAAUUGUUUAUUAUUUGUGUUAAACCACAAAUUUUUAACUUAAACCUAAUGGAUUAGCUAAUAAAAUAUGGGCGCCAAUAUAUCCCAACUAGAAAGAGAUAUAGGGUCCGAACAGUUUCCUUGUAAUGAGCAUUACUUUGGACUAGUUAAUUUUGGAAAUACUUGUUACAGCAACUCGGUACUUCAAGCUCUGUAUUUUUGCAAACCGUUUAGAGAUAAGGUACUGGAAUAUAAGGCAAAGAACAAGAGAACAAAAGAGACAUUACUUACGUGUUUAGCGGAUCUAUUCCACAAUAUAGCAACACAAAAGAAAAAAGUGGGCUCAAUAGCACCGAAAAAAUUCAUUGCAAGGCUUAGAAAAGAAAAGGAGGAAUUUGACAAUUACGCGCAACAAGAUGCACAUGAAUUUCUAAACUUUUUAAUCAACCAUAUUAGUGAAAUUAUAUUAGCUGAAAGACAGCAAAAUACUACAAAUAAUACAACUAAUAAUGUUAAUAAAUCAAAAGGAUCUGGUGAAAAUGGCACAUCUCAUAACCAGCCAGAACCGACAUGGGUACAGGAAAUAUUUCAGGGUAUACUUACAAGUGAAACUAAGUGCCUGAAUUGUGAGAAUGUGAGCAGCAAGGAUGAAGAUUUCUUUGAUUUACAAGUAGACAUAGAACAGAACACGUCAAUCACUCACUGUUUGAGGUGUUUUAGCGAUACAGAAACACUGUGUAGCGAUAACAAAUUUAAGUGUGAUAAUUGUUGUAGCUAUCAAGAAGCCCAGAAAAGGAUGAGAGUGAAAAAAUUGCCAACGAUACUUGCACUCCAUUUAAAAAGAUUUAAGUAUGUUGAACAGUACAAUAGGCACAUUAAAGUUUCACAUAGGGUGGUAUUUCCUUUAGAACUUAGGUUAUUUAAUACGUCGGACGACGCGGUCAACCCUGAUAGGUUAUAUGACUUAGUAGCAGUUGUGAUACAUUGUGGAAGUGGGCCUAAUCGGGGCCAUUACAUUAGCAUAGUUAAGAGUCACGGAUUCUGGUUGUUGUUUGACGACGACCAGGUCGAUAAAAUUGACUCGUCGGCAAUAGAAGAUUUCUACGGUCUGACAUCGGAUACACAGAAAUCCUCCGAGACGGGAUACAUAUUAUUCUAUCAGAGUCGAGAGAGCUUAUGAGUUGCCAUUAUUGCCUUACGUAAUAGAUUUCUAAUUUGUCGUCGAUGUUUCGGGCAAUAAUAGAAGUUUAUUUUCUAGAAUAGAUUUCCGACACACCUAAUGAUGAUGGUUUAGUCCAGUAACUUCGGACUUCUUUCAACUCAAAAAAAAAUCGUUCAGUUUUUGAGACAGUUUGAUUUUAUUUGAUGCGUUGAUACAGGCAUUAAUGAAGGCAUUACAGUUUUGCCCAUGAAUUUGAUGUGGGAAGUGACCGUUAUCUAGGAUUUUUUUUAUCAAAUCCUGUGCUGUUUUGUUGCUUUUGACAAAAAAAAAAGGAUAUUAACAAGAGUAUUAUACGACGUGAUUCAUUCAACUUUUCGACUAAUUGUCAUGAAAAUGAGGGAUAUAUUUAAAUGCCAGAGUUGUAGAUAAAUGAAUUCCUGAAAUCUUUUGUUUAAGCAAGUUUCUCAUACCACGCUUUAAUCACUACUGGGAGCACUAUAAAAAUAGCAGUGUGGUGAACUGCUUCUGUUAGCAGUUACUUUCCAAGCAUAGAAAUCGUUCCUACAGGACAAAUGCUUCAAAAAAAUGUUUAAUUAAUUUUAUUAAAAUUUUUUAAUUUUAUUAAAGAUAAGUUUUUUGGGGUAGGUUUUGAUUGAUUUGCAAUAAAUCAGCUGAUUUUGUGCAGAGGUGGCAUGAAACUUGUUAAAAGGGAUAAAAAUCGGUAUUAAAAGUUGUGAUAAUCUCUAUAUAUAAGGUGAUAAGUACCGACAAUGUACAGGG